UCAUCACAUUUUCAUUCUUUCAAAAAAACAAUUUCAUCAAACACAGCAGACAUCAUUAAAAAACCAACAUGUCAUUCACAAUCUCCACAAGCUUCAUUCAGCCACUAGAAAUCUCCAAAUCAUCAUCCACCAGGUCAAAGUUGACCAGCAGCCCAAGUAGCAUUGUUUGUUCUUCAGAAGACAAAACCAAGAAUAAUGGUGAAGGGUCUUUGAAAGCAUUGUCAGCUGCACUUGCACUUUCUUCAAUCUUGGUUUCUUCAACUGUGCCUGCACUUCCAGCAUUGGCUGAUAUCUCUGGACUAACUCCUUGUAAAGAGUCUAAGCAGUUUGCCAAAAGGGAGAAACAACAGCUUAAGAAGUUGGAAAGUUCUCUUAAGCUUUAUGCACCUGAUAGUGCCCCUGCUCUUGCUAUUAAAGCUACCAUGGAAAAGACCAAAAGAAGAUUUGACAACUAUGGAAAGCAAGGAUUGUUGUGUGGAUCAGAUGGGCUACCACACUUGAUUGUAAGUGGAGACCAAAGGCAUUGGGGCGAAUUCAUUACCCCCGGGAUUUUGUUCUUGUACAUAGCUGGAUGGAUCGGGUGGGUUGGAAGGAGUUACUUGAUUGCUAUCCGGGAUGAGAAGAAGCCAACACAAAAAGAGAUUAUCAUUGAUGUUCCUUUGGCUUCUCGGUUGGUAUUCCGUGGAUUCAGCUGGCCCGUUGCUGCUUACCGUGAGUUCUUGAACGGGGAACUUAUUGACCCAACUGUCUGAUUAACAACUUCUUGUUUGCUACAACCUUAUAUGUAUCUAAAAUAUUCUGAAUUAUAUGCUACCUUGGUUGUUAAAUUUUA